AUGCGGUCACUAAGCUACUCUCCUGCUGCUAAGGAAGAGGUGGAUAUCACCGUAAAACAAGAAGUAGAGGUUGGGGCCGUUACUGUGAAAGAAGAAGAGAAAUACGUUACAGUUAAAGAAGAAAAAGACACGUUCAGAGUGAACGAAGAGGAGGAUGUUACUAUAAAAGACGAGGGGGAUGUUACUGUAAAAGAAGAGGGGGAUGUUACUGUAAAAGAAGAGGAGGGUGUUACUAUAAAAGAAGAGGGGGAUGUUACUGUAAAAGAAGAGGGGGAUGUUACUGUAAAAGAAGAGGAGGGAGAGGGGGAUGUUACAGUAAAAGGAGAGGGGGAUGUUACUGUAAAAGAAGAGGAGGAUGUUACUAUAAAAGACGAGGGGGAUGUUACUGUAAAAGAAGAGGAGGAUGUUACUAUAAAAGAAGAGGAGGAUGUUACUGUAAAAGAAGAAGAGGGUGUUACAGUAAAAGGAGAGGGGGAUGUUACAGUAAAAGGAGAGGAGGAUGUUACUGUAAAAGAAGAGGGGGACGUUACUGUAAAAGGAGAGGAGGAUUCCGUUUUUGGAGUGAAAUCCCUGAUUAAUACUAGAGAGGGAAGUGACUAUCCUGGAUCCUCUGGGGAGCCUCAACAACCUCAUGAUGCUGAUGACGCAGAGAAGAGUCUCUCCAGAUCAAAACACCCCAAGAAACACCAGCAGAGACCCACAGGGAAGAGAACUCACUGCUGCUCUGACUGUGGGAAGAGUUUUGUUUCUUCAGGACAUUUAAAAGCACACCAGAGAAUACACACGGGAGAGAAACCUUAUAGCUGUGCUCAAUGUGGGAAGAGUUUUACGAUGUCUAGCAAGCUGACACGACACUAUAGAACACACACAGGAGAGAAACCAUAUAGCUGUGAUGAAUGUGGAAAGAGUUUUGUCACAUCUAGCAGUCUGAUUAUCCACCGGAGAGCACACACAGGAGAGAAACCUUUUAUCUGUACUCAAUGUGGGAAGAGUUUUACUCAGUCAACCAGCCUGAUAUCACAUCAGAGAACACACACAGGAGAGAAACCUUAUAGCUGUGCUCAAUGUGGGAAGAGUUUUACUCAUUCAACCGGCCUGAUAUCACACCAGAGAACACACACAGGAGAGAAACCUUAUAGCUGUACUCAGUGUGGGAAGAGUUUUACUCAUUCAACCGGCCUUAUAUCACACCAGAGAACACAUACAGGAGAGAAACCAUAUGGCUGUGUUCAAUGUGGGAAGAGUUUUACUACUUCUAGCAAGCGGCCUAGGCACCAUAGAACACACACAGGAGAGAAGCCUUAAAGCUGUAAUGAAUGUGGGAAGAGUUUUACUACAUCUGGCAGUCUGACUGAACACCAGAAAACACACACAGGAGAGAAACCUUUUAUCUGUACUCAAUGUGGGAAGAGUUUUUCUCAGUCAACCAGCCUGAUAUCACAUCAG